AGAUAUAUGUAUUUAAAGCUGUAAUCGCCGCACUGAACUUACAAUUAGUGUCGUUGUAAUUUUGAUGAUGACUUCUUCGUAUAUUUAUACUUGUGUUUGUAAUUUUGUUUAUUAAAAUAUGCUUCAUCAACUCUGCACAGUGAAAACUUAUAAGAAAACGGGAAAAUCCGGUGAAAGUUCCACCAGAAGGAUUAUAACGUCGCAUUUUAAAUGCUCAAGGAGCUUUUUAAGCCAAAAACUAUAACCGAAAUCGUUUUUCCGAAAAAGCAUUCCCAAGGGUCCCUUAAUAAAAAAUUUAAAGUUCCUGAAAGCCAUCUGCACUCUUCACAGGCAGAUGCCAAAAAUAAUAGGAUAACAAGGAUAAUCUGAUACUUAUGCCGCCCAAAGACCAAACAGACUUCGGCAUAGGACAGGAUGUUAAGCUGAAAAGCUCCAGUGAAUGUUCCAUUGGUUCGUUCUAAAUAAAGGCUCCGCCUUUUGCAGGGCUGCACCAAGGGGGCCCCCUUCUUUUACUGAAUGAGUCUUUCAAAAAUGUUUCAGCAUCCAACUUCAGUGAUCAGUAUCGCUUUGUAUACACUGUGCGAAACAAGCGGAUUGAGACAGUUGCGGUGUGAAAAUUAACGCGUCUGCGAUAGUUCCGCGAAAGAGAAGAAAAUUCCGAAAAAGCGGUGGAAAACUGAACUUACAGUGUUAUGCAUUCAAUGAACGAUCCCACGUCGGCACUUGCAGGGAUGUUACCGUUCGAUUCCAUCGGUAUUUACGAACAACCGAAACCCCGGUUCAUUUUCAAAAUGCCCAGGGUCGUACCUGAUCAAAAAGCCAAAUUUGAGUCGGACGAACUCUUUAGGAGACUUAGCAGAGAAAGCGAGGUCCGCUACACGGGUUAUAGAGACAGGCCGCAGGAGGAGAGGCAAGGACGAUUUUUAAACGCCUGUCGGGAAGGACAUACCGAAAUAGCGUUUGUUGCAACCGGCACAAAUUUACAAUUAGUUUUUGCACCUCCCAGCAACAGUUACAUGCAAAAUAAAGAAUGCGACUUCGACAAAGAACAAGGAAAGGUCCAUCUAAAAUCUUCGUUUAUAAUGAAUGGGGUGUGUGUUCGAUGGCGGGGGUGGAUCGACUUGGAACGGCUUGACGGGGUGGGCUGUCUGGAAUAUUGCGAAGAACGAGCUGCUACAGAGGACGCUUUGUUGAGGGAACAAAUCGAAAGGUAUAACCAAAGACUUCGAGAAUUCGAGGACAAACAGAGGGCUGCAGCAGGAUAUAGACCAACUCAUAAUCAACAGGAUCAUCGGACAGCUACCGAACAGGAACUUGAGUUGAGAAUGGCCAACAAUCUUCACGGUACGGGCCAUCACCAUGGUCACCAUGGAGGUCCCGUGUCCUCCAGAUGCCACGGUCCCCCAAGACACGGCUUACCUUUACAAGUAGGACUGCCACUUACGCCACCGUAGCAUAAUAAUUAUUUUUGUGCUUUCGCCAAUCCCAGUUUUUUUGUGCAAUUGCGAAGCUUAAUCGGUAACGAUUUUUCGAAAACAUAGAAAAAAUAAAAGACGGUGACAUCAAUUUUGUAAAGUCGAAUUGGAAAUUUAUUAUGUAAUUUGUUUCAAAUUAGAUGAAAACGAGUUCGAAAAUACAUCCUCCAGUUCAUGGACCUUUUGUGGCUAUUGCAUUUUCUGUGUUUUCAAUAUGAUUUGCAGCAUUAACCAAAAAAUCUUGACACACUUAUAAAAAAUAUUUAUGAUUUAAUUAAAACGAAAUAGUACAAAAGAAUUCUGUGCUUCAGUAGUCUAUUUCAAAAUAUUUCUUUAGUAGUAGACUGUUUGAAUAAAACGCGUGUCGUCAGGGGAAGAAUGGACCUCUUUCCGACCUCAGCAUGUUCCCUUUGAUUGUGGACUAAAUCCCGUAGAUUUCAGUGAAGGCACGGGCUGGAUUACGUGAACUAGCACCCGAAUGUUUACGUAUCUUUUCAACCCUUACAUCAGGCAUUGAGGCAUUGAUUAGAUUGUUUCAGUUUUGUUCUGAGGAUUUAAAGAUAAAAUUCAAAGGAUUUCAACCCGUAUUUGUAAUUCAUCUAACAUGACAAAAUCUUUGAAAUUUUAAGUUUCUUUUUGAUUAUUAUUGGAUUAGAUAGGUAGAUUUUCACAUAAUAUUUGGGUACUCAAUAGAAGAAAGAAAAGAGACUGAAACAAUUUAACAUGUUAAUAAAUAAUCCAAAGAAGGGCUGUGUAAUUUGAGACAUCUGUUUACAAGUUAAUAUAUGUUGAUAGUGACGUUCACACUGUCAAGCCUUUGUCGUUUAAAAAAGCGCAACUAAAUGCACCCGGGGUACAUGCAAAUUAAAUAGGACCCUUCCGUUGAAAAAGAGGACACAUUUGCUUAUAAUCACUACAGAAAUAUACGUAAUAUGUGUCUCUUGUAACAGCCAGUAGAGUCGAAACAUUUUUACCUCCAAAUUAUCUAAUACACAAGUAUUUUGAACACACUUUGUAAAUAAAAUUAAUUUUUCCUGUCAUUCGUGCUUUCUGUUAUUACUUAUAUAUUAAUAAUUUUAUUAUUAUUUUUUAAUCGUCUAUUAGUUCACGAUGUUACUUUGUAUAUUUGAUCGAAACGUUGUACCUAUGUGUAUUAUUAUUUUGUAGGAAAUCCAUUAAAUAAUUGUGUUUAUAUUU